CCCCUCUGCUUGAAAGCACACAUGUUCUUUUCAGAGCUCAUCGUCGAUCCGUGCUCGUCACAGCAGCCGUCGUCCUAGGCACUCUUUCCGGCAAUUGCCGACAACGCACGAGGCGGCACCACUGCGAUCGCCCGCCAGGCGCGUGGAUCUGGAAGCUGGUACAGCGCCGCGCCGCCAUGACGUACUUCCACUUCUUCAACUGCGCCGCGCUCUCCUUCGCGCCGCACCUCAUCUUCUACAAGGCCACGCCGCUGUCGGAAUACGGCACGUGGACGGCGAGUCUCAAGGCGGCGCUCGUGUUCUUCGCCGCCAUGCUGCUUAAGAUGAUCCUGUGGGCGUCGCUGCUGCCCGAGUCCGAUCACGACCCCGCGCUCGCCGCCCCUUCGCACCUAGACGCGCGCCAGGAGGCGCUGCGCGCGGUGAUAGGCGCGGGGGUGGACCUGGCGGGCAUGCGGUACGCGCUGGUGCACGUGAGCCACCGCAACAUGGCCUUUGAACACAAGUUCCAGGCCGUGGGCCUCGGGUGGGCACUGGCGGAGUCAGUGAGCAAGCGCCUGGUGCCGCUGUGGGUGGGGGCGGGCGGCAUGGAGUUCAAAUGGGACUUCCUGCUCGACUCCCUCUCCUCCAACAUCGAACUCGUGUCCACAUUGACCCUCGCAGCGCUGGCCUCGCUGCUGUGGCUGCGCCGCUCCAAGCCGCCUGCCCUCGUGCCGCUCAUCUACAUCCUUGCCUCUCUGCUCGCCGCACUGCCCUUCUCCUCGAGGUUGGCCUCUGCCCCGCUCUUCCUCCUCCUUCCUCCCUGCAUUCCCACCACACCCCAUGCUGUCCCGUCACUCUCACCACCAAUGGUACUUUUCACUUGCACUGCUUCUGCUGCUUCUUUCAUGUCCUCCAUCAGCCGUUUGCCACUGGAGUGCCACAGUCAGUCACUUGUUACUUGGCAAGGGAAGCAACACACGCACAGCAAUGCAGCCACACACUUACCUAGCCAUCCUCCUUGCCUCCCUGUGUGUGGCUUCCCUCGCAGCUUUCUGGAGCACGGAUUGGGGUGGCAGCCAUACGAGGUGGCAGGUGCGCACCUGGCAGCAUGCAUCGUGGCGGCACUCAUCACAUGGCGCCUCUUCUCCGCCUGCUCACGCCAACCAACGCCUGCUUGA